GCGGAGAAGCCUUUAAAUAGAGCCGCUCUGUGGUGUUGUGGCCUUGGUGAUCACAUCCCCGCCGCCAGCAGAUCGUCUCCACAAGUUCUUCUCCCAUCCCAGAACCAAGCCUCCUAAGCAGACAUGGAGCGUACCUUCAUUGCCGUGAAGCCCGAUGGCGUCCAGAGAGGACUGUGUGGCGAGAUCAUCAAGCGCUUUGAGCAUAGAGGCUUCAGGCUGGUCGCCGCCAAAUUCGUGCAGGCCUCUGAGGACCACAUGAAGAAACACUACCUGGACCUGAAGGACAUGCCUUUCUACGCUGGACUCUGCAAAUACAUGUCCUCUGGACCCGUCCUCGCCAUGGUGUGGGAGGGUCAGAACAUUGUGAAGCUGGCCAGGAUGAUGCUGGGUGAGACCAACCCCGCUGACUCCAAGCCCGGCAGCAUCCGUGGUGAUCUGUGCAUCAACAUCGGCAGGAACAUCAUCCACGGCAGCGACACCCUGGAGAACGCCAAGAUGGAGGUCGACCUGUGGUUCAAGGCCGAGGAGUUUGUCACCUACACCCCAUGCGCCCAGUCCUGGCUGUACGAGUAAACCGGCCCCUCCCUGCAGUCGAUCGUCGAUCAAUCCACAACAUGUAGCACUUAUCAAUAAAGUGUCAUGUUAACAACA